AAGAACUUUUUGUAUAGUGAGAGUAACGUAUCUCUUAUAUGCUCUAUGUUUCUAUGGUUGUAUAAGUUUUACACAUAAACAAUAACAUGAAGCCGGUUGUCAAAACUCGUCAUGAAGACUAGUUUGGACUAGAGUUAUACAAAAAAAUGAUUGCAAAUAGUUUCUUCUCGUCAUGUAAUCCACAGACCGAGUCACCUCAAAGAACUGUCAGUUGGCUGGACGCGUAUGCACCAGCAACUGUAACGGACCUAGCUGUGCACAAGAAGAAAAUAGAGGAGCUGUCAGAGUGGCUCAAUAAAGCUGUAAACAAUGCUUCUGAUUUUCCGAUGGUGUUGCUCAUCACGGGUCCUGCGGGCUGUGGCAAGACAGUCACUUUGCAGUGCCUUGCAGACAGCAUGAACGUUCUCGUUAAGGAAUGGAUCAACCCAGUCACUUACACAGACGAAGAAGGUUCAGACAUGCCCGUGAGACUGACUCAGGCCGAAGGAUUCAAGAAGUACCUCAUGGAGACAGGCAGAAUGGCAGGACUGUUGGACCCCGAAGACAAGAAAAAAUUGAUUUUGGUCCAGGAUGUUCCAAACGUUUUCACGUCUGCUUGCGAAAAAUUUCACGACAUUUUGUGCGAGUAUUGUCUAUCUUGCCGUGUGCCAUUGGUUUUCAUUUUGACUGAUGGAGUCACCUCGUCGGGAACAUAUCUGUCGAACAUUCUGUUCCCACAACUCUUCUCUGAGCUGUGCAUGGUUACAAAAAUAAGUUUCAACCCGGUGUCGACGACCGGGAUGCAGAAGGCAGUGAAGCGCAUCGUGAGCUUGGCCAGGUUUCCGCUGGACCAGAAGAGUCUCAAGGACAUAUGUGACGUAGCGAGGGGGGAUGUCAGGAACGCUGUGCUUAUGCUGCAGUGUGCUUUAACUGGGGUUAAAUGUGUCAAGGAAACGAAGAGAUUAGGCAGGCAAAAACAGGCGUCGAAAAAGCAGCAUUCAUUGGAGGGGUUCGAAGGCUCAGAUAUUUUUCUUGGGUCUCUGAGAAAUGUCGGCCGUGUGGUUUAUGCUAACCGUGACUCGACAACCGGUGAGUUCGAGCAUGACCCGUACAAAAUAGCGGAGCAGUUCGCUUGCGAGGCCGGCAGGUUCGUGGACCUGCUGCAGGAGAACUACGUGCACAUGUUCUCGAGGCUGUCGGACGUCGAGGCCGCCUCGGAGCGCAUCAGUGACGCCGACAUUCUGCUCGCCUCCCUGCCCGACCAAGAAGUGCUUCAAGAACUGGGCGUUGGUGUGGCGGUAACAGGAAUAAUGUGCGCAAAUAAAUUCCCAGUGAGGAAAUGGCAACCCAUUAAAAUGUCCAAGAAACAUACAAUAUACCUGCAGAACCAAGAAAAUCUCAAAUGGCGACUCGCUGUUGCCAGCCACGUCACCAAUACAGACAGCAAUCACUUGCAGGACUGUUGUGGGUUUAAGACCCUUAUUGAAUGCGUAGGUCUUGAACAGAGCUGUUCUCAGAAUCAAGACUUCACACUCUCAGAUUCUGAUGAAAUGUUUUAGUUUUUUCCUUUGUCAGCCAGUUCUUGUGUAGCAUAAAUUGUUUUGUAAUUUUUUUUUAACUUUGAUUUUUGUAAUAUUAAUUAUGUAGGUACUACUUAAGGUAUAAAAAAAUUAAGAUGUCUAAUAGAAUAGAUGUAAAAAAUGUAUUAGUGUUGCAUAUAUACAUGCUGUUUUGAUGUUGUUUGUAUUUGUAUCCUGUAUGUUAUUUGUUACACACAAAUAAACAUUUAGUAUAAAUUCUGA